CUUUAAUUCACAAGCAAAAUCUCGACUUAGCGAGGCCAAGUUUUCUUCAAAUACUCUCUGUAAAGUAGCAUAAAAUAUUUAUGAUUUUUACCAUUAAUAAUUUUGAAAUAUAGAGAGUACAUGAAUAUCAUUUAUUCUAGUUUUUGAUCGAUAUUGUCUGUGUGUCAUUUUUACACUUCCGGGUUAAAAGUUUUUGCGAAAAGAGUUGGCACCAAAGUUUACAUUUCCCUUCAAAAUAGUAUAUACCGUCCAAUAUGGACCAAGAAAUUGCUUAUGAUCAACUUAAAACAUCCGAAGGAACUUUGAAAAUAGAUUCAACCAUAGAACCUACACCAAAAAGAAUGAAAACUGGAGAAGAAAAAUUAUCCUGUAAAACUGAAACUGAAAGUGAUUGCCUUGCCAAAUCUGAGGGUAUUCAGGGAGCCAAUUGUUAUCAAGUUCCAUCAUCGGUAUCAGAAAAUGAUGGUGAUUCUGACAAGAAGAAAGAUGGUGUUGAAGAAAACAAGCCUACUGUCCUACCACAAAAGAAAGGUGAAAGCCAAGAUGAUGAACGCAAGAAAAUGCAAAUCCUAGUGUCUAACUUUUCUGAAGACCAACUGAAUAGAUAUGAGAUGUAUAGAAGAGCAGCGCUCCCCAAAGCAUCUAUCAGAAAGGUGAUGUCCACUAUAACAGGGUCUGUACCAUCUCAGAAUGUUCUUGUUGCUAUGUCUGGAAUUGCCAAAGUAUUUGUUGGAGAAUUAGUGGAAGAAGCAAUCGAAGUGAUGGAAAAAUGGGGCGAGAAACCACCAAUUCUACCCAAACAUCUACGCGAAGCAAGUCGACUUCUGAAACAAAAACAAAUUACAAACAUCAACACAAACCAUAAAAAAAGAAUGUUUGUGUGAGCCAUCUAGAGGAGAUAUGUGAUGUGCCUGGUCCCAUUAUGCAUUUACACUGUGUUAGCAGAUAUCAGUCAGAUGAACUGAGUGUUUAUGGGUGGCAGAAAAUGUCCACCCC